AUGCGUUUAAAAAUGGCCAUCGAUCUUGAUGUGCAUGAACUAUUGUUUAUGGGAGAUUCUGACUUGCUUAUCCGGCAAGCCCAAGGCGAAUGGGAGACUGGAGUCAUCAAGCUUAUUCCGUAUAGACAAUGUGUGCAAGACUUGAGCAAAAGAUUCAAAUCCAUCGAGUUCAGGUACAUUCCCAGGUUUCACAACGAGCUAGUCGAUGCCUUGGCUACUUUAGCCUCGAUGCUCCCUUAUCCAGGCAACACUCAUAUUGAUCCACUAGAAAUCCAAGUUCGGAAUCAACACGGUUACUGCAAUACAAUUGAGACAGAACCAGAUGGUGAACCGUGGUAUCAUGACAUAAAACGAUUCCUGAAAACAAGAGAAUAUCCAGAGCAUGCUAAAGGAGAUCAAAAAAGAACUAUAAGGCGGCUCGCCAGUGGUUUCUUCCUGAAUGGGGAAAUUUUGUACAAGAGGACCCCAGAUUUAAACUUGUUGAGAUGCAUAGAUGCUACAGAAGCAGAGCGGAUCAUGAGUGAAGUGCAUUCGGGGGUAUGCGGACCUCACCUGAAUGGAUAUGUUUUGGCGAAGAAGAUUUUGCGGAUUGAAGACACUGAGUGGGUCAAGACCCGAUUAGAACAACUGAUGUUGAUCGAUGAAAAACGGCUAGCCGCAGUGUGUUUCGGCCAGUUAUACCAGCAAAGAAUGGCACGCACUUACAAUAAGAAAGUGCGCCCAAGGCGAUUUGAGAUAGGCCAGCUGGUUUUGAGGCGCAUCCUUCCGCACCAGGACCUGCUUCAGGAGAAAGUUGAUAAGCACUACGGACACAAACUGAUACUGGGUGCAAGACAACCGAGUUCGAUUUUAAAGAAAAAAUGCAUUGCCUUAGAAACAAGGGUAGUUAUAGCACGGACAUCUGGGUAUGAAACAGUUGUGGGAAAUAAUGUAAAUCCAAGGUCUCUAGAAAAUGAUACAGAGCAGCCGAGAAUCUCGGUACCAUGCUGA